AUGGGCCCCUGUACCGCCUCCUCAUGCUGCUGCCAGGCCCGUAAUCUGCCAUGGGCCCCCGUACCGACUCCUCAUGCUGCUGCCAGGCCUGUAAUGUGUUAUGGGCCCCUGUACCGCCUCCUCAUGCUGCUGCCAGGUCCAGAGUGUGUCAUGGGUCCCUGUACGGCCUCCCAUUGCUGCUGUCUCCAUCGCCACACUCUGCCACGUGCCACUUUCAGGUCUCCUCACACUGCUGGUGGGUUCCAUUUUUGUCAUAGGGUGCUGUAUGGCCUCCCAUUGCUGCUGCCUCCACCGCCACACUGUGGCUCCACACUCUGGUUUUGGCCCCGUGACUGUCCAAAUGAGUGAAGUGUGCGGUGAUUCUAAGAUCGACGGCACUCAUCUGCAUGUCAUACUGACUGACAGUAUUAUUUCUCUUCCCCAGCAGACUCCAAGGGCAUUUAAAUUAAAGGUACAGUGUUCUGCACUAAUAUAA